CGUACUUUUUAAAGAUCGUGCGUUGUUUACGUUUUCUAAUGACCGUGUACAUCUUACACUUUACAAAGACCGUGUACAUUGUACAUUUUCCAAAGAUCGUGAACAUCUUUUAUCUUCUAAGCAUCGUGUAAUCUUAUAGUCUCCAUUCCACAAAGAUCAACCAGACCGCUACAUUUCACCAUGCAAGACCUUCAAGUUGGGAGGUUCCACUGGCUCAAGGCACCAAUAAAUAUAACCCAAAUAACGUCAUCAGAAUCUGUGAAGAAAAGGUUAACAUUGCGUGAUGGCGUAGACAGACAGAUCACACAGUCGAUUCUAGGUCCCGUCAAGUUCAAUCAAGUAUUCAACUGUAUGGACAAGCCAGAUGACCUUCAGCCUUACAAGGGCUACUUCAAGGUCAGCCAGCUCCCGCCCCUCGCCCCCAGCAUCAGGGUGGAGGAGAAGGAAAAAAUUCGAUGCUUGCUGUCCCCGGGCACGGUGCUACAGGUGUGUGGCCCACCCAUGGCCGGCAAGUCAGUUUUAGUUGACCAGGCGAUACAAGAGAAGCAACAACAGCUGUCCAGCACCGACAAGACAGGCAUUGUUUAUCUCCCCGUUUUAUGUAAAUACGUCACAAACUUACACGAUUUACUGGUCAGCCUAACCAGGCGCUUUGCCCAGCAGACGACGGAAACAACCGACCACACCAUUGACGCCGACGUCGUCUUGGGCCAUCUGCAAAAAUUAGUAAGGAACCAAAUCGACAAACAUUACAUUUUGGCUUUCCAUAAGUGUGAGAGUCUACGAACAUCCGGGUAUGAUCAGGAGUUUUUACAGUUCAUCGCCCGCCUGGCGAGACUGUGGUGGGAUGGUGGUCUGGCGGUUAGCGUAGUCUUCACGACCUACAAGUAUUUCCCGUCCCCAGAACUUGGCAUCGAACUCUUUCAGGUUGGAAUGUUGACAAAAUUUGAAGACAUCCUGACUUUACUAAAACACGUUAUUCCUAACAAAUGUAUGGAAACCUAUGUUCCCAUUUGUUACAAAUUUCUAUGUUUUCCGGAAGGCGUUGUUCGGAUAGCCGAGGAAUAUUUAGCAAAUGAAGAAAUUAGGCCAUCAACGGAUGCCAUAGAAGAGCUAAUCACCAAAGACAUGGAGUUUCUCUCUCUCCUGUUCUCUAAGAGACUUGAUGAAGUGCAGUCGUGGGUGUGUGCUGGGGACCUGGAGCUGUUGUCCUACUUCAGCAGCUCGCUGGGGGGUACAUUUACAGAGGAGCACUUGAAGGAGACGUUUAAAGGUCAAAGGAUGCGCUAUGCCGAUGCGCAGUGGCAACAGUGUAUCAAGCGCCUAAAGAACAACCAUCUGAUCUGCAAAAGUCCCGGCGUGCUGAGAUGGAUGGUCCAUCCGUUAAUCGUCUACUUCUUUAAACUUCACAAAGUCAGCUUUAUGAGCUCUGUACAUUCUCAUUAUUUCAACAGUUACACCAACUUCCUGUGCCGGGUCUUGAUGAAAUGUGACACCCAAGUUCAAGGUCACAAGACUUACAACUGUCUGCUGCAAGAGUGGCCCCACGUCAAGCACGUGCUGGACAUGGCCAUCCACAGUACAGGUGAAACAUACCAGGCUUUCCUCAGGGUGGCGGUUACAGCCCGUCGUCUGCUGGUCACGUGUCUACCUCACGAGGCAGAAGAGUUCUACCACGAGCUGUCCAUUGCCGCCCAAACUUCCGGUAACCUCAGACACCAUGCGGUGAUGCAGGCUUGUCUUGGCUACGUCAUCAGUUGUAGCGCAGGCUCAAGAUGGACGCAGGCGACACAAUAUUUUGACACAGCUCUAGACAAUCUCAGGCGUGAAGGUCCCGGCUAUUUCUACAAGUGGACGCUGAGGGGGAAGGCCAUUCUGCUACAUCGACAGGGCCACUACGUCGAGUCACUAGAAUUCUUUAAGCAGGCGGCAAAUGUCGUUUAUCAAGACGACCUUGAGACGGCAGACGAUCCGCUGACCGUGACCUUAGUACAGCAGGAGGCGGAUGAAAUCACGACAGAGAUACAUCAGACAAUACCCAUGAUAUUUUGUGGAGAUAUCGAAUCUGUUCGUAAAAACCUCUUGAACCUGCUUGACGCUGUCAGAGACCAAUUUCCGCACCACCCGGAUUUACCCGUCCUGCUUAACAACAUCGGCCUGACGGAAGAGAGGGGUGGCCGUGACCUUGACAGGGCCCUCAGGUGGUACGAGCUGUCGUACAGGGAGCGGCUGCAGCUGGAGAAGCUGUGCCCACAGCAACAGCUGGUCUCGCUCAACAACAUCGGGAUGGUCCUCCACGCCAAGGGUCAGCUAGAAAAGUGUAAGCUGUACCUUCAGAGGGCGCUGGAGAUUCAGAAAGUUUGUGGGUGGAAUCAUUACAACACGGCCUUGACAUUGGUGCACCUUGGAUCAGUCUUAUUUGAGGCGUUUCAAAGUUUGGAUGCUCUCCACAAGUUUAUGGAAGCUGACGUCAUCCUUCAGAAAACCGCCCCGUCACAUGACUUCCGCUUGAGCGUGGGGCUUGGGCUGAUGCACUACAGUCUGGUCGCCCUGCAAGAGCCCGACCCCGGGCCAGACCCCCACCAGGAAGUGAGUACUCACGGUCCACUCACGUGCGGCUCCAGACAAUCCUGCAGUGAGUACUUGGACUAUCUGCAAAGGGUCUGCCGCGAGUUGGGUCACGUGGUCAGCGUGGACGGCGUCCAGAAUUUGUUGGCCGUCUACGAGCACGGCAUUCUGCUCAGUCGGUGCCAUCAGGAUUAUCUCACCUACAGACAAGCUCUGGUGAUGCUGGUCCAUGGGAACCGGAAACUGCGAGACUUUUUCUUGGGGAACUCUCCAAGCCCAGCAGACGUCUCACCCAGCCCAGCAGACGUCACACCCAGCCCAGCAGACGCCAGCCUACAUAGCCACAGGAAGUUCUUCCAGUACGUCCGCACCACAGAGUAUCAGCAUCUGGACGAGCAUGUUCUGCUGGAGUUGAUUCAGGCGUCGUGUCUGUACUGUCAGCAGAUGGAGACGUUCUACUGUACCGAUUUGCUGAUGGGAAAGUGCAGGUUUCAGUUUCAAGAACCGGAAGUCGGUUUUAGGGGACGUGACAAGGUCGAGUGGGAUGCUGGGCAUUCGACAAGUGGAGACGUCACACAGCUGUUGAAAUGUCAAUCUGAUGCAUCGUCAGAUAAAUGUCAACACACAUCUUCGUGUGCUGAUGACAUACUGUCUACGGAAUGUCAACACACAUCUUCGUGUGCUAAUGACAUGCUCUCUACAGGUGCUAAUGACAUGCCAUCUACAAGUGCUAAUAACAUGUUGUCUAUAGAAGCUAAAGACAUACUAUCUACAAAAUGUCAAUACACAUCUUCAUGUGGUAAUGAUAAACUAUCUACGGAAUAUCACUACACAUCUUCGUGUUCAAAUGACACACCAUCUACAAGUGCUAAGGACAUAAGGUCUACAGGUGCUAAUGACAUACCAUCUGCUGGUGCUAAUAACAUACUAUCUACAGCAUGCUACUCAUCUUUCACUCCCCCAAGCACCCAUCCAUCUUUAGAAAUACAUGUUUCAAGUGCUUCACUUUUCUCCUAUCCAAAGAAAACUAGCCAAGAGGUUCUAGCUGAAGAUAACUUAGCCGGGAAGUUAAACGGGAAUUCCAAUUUGAUUGGUCAAAAAUCCACCAAUCACCAUCCAGGUUGUGAAAAAGAGAAGAGCCCUCAUCAGAAAACCACUUCCGGUGAUGAAAACGACGGAAACGAAUUUCGAAAAAUACCCGAGAAAAUGUUUGCUAGUCGUAAGCACAAGUUCUUGACCGGCGUCUUUCAGCGUUUAAGAAACAUUCAGGUGGGAAGGUCAAGGUUGUGUGUGCGUGACCCCGAGAGACUGGCAGGUCGCGAUGACGUAAUGGACAGUUCCUACGUCACUGAUAGCUGGGAGCUGAUUGGCUCGAACGGAGAGCUCGAGAGAGGUGGCCAAGAUACAAUAGAGAAAUUUAGCAAGAUGAAGGCGAAUACCUCAGGAGUCAACGAGUGCUUACACCUGGAAGUGGCCGACUCUGAAGGUCAUGGGGACUCAUGCGGCACCGCUUUGUGCAGACGUCAACAGGUGACAAAGACAUUCAGCAACAUCCGGCGAGCUGAAAGAAAAAUGAUUCGAGAGUUACUUGCCACUGGGGGCGUGGUCCAGGUGUUCGGUCCCCCGAUGGUCGGGAAAGCCAGCAUAGUCCAACAGGUUGUACAGGAACUACAGAUGGGUUCACCGGAAGUGAAAAGUCACGUGAUUCCGUCUCGGCACCAGACGUUGAGUGACGUGCUGAAUCACCUGAUGUCACGGAUCUGUCCAAACACGGUCAUUGACCCGGAGCCUGAUUUCAAUGACUCAUCAAAUCGAGAACGAAUGGUCCAGGAGAUUCGAACCUCCCUCAACCACGACAACCACUACCUCUUGGUGUUUAAAAAAUGCGAAGGUUUAAAAGCUGCAGAGUCUGAAUUUCUCACCUGGGUGGGGUCACUGACCGACCUUUGGAGGUCACAUGACAUCAAGGUCAGCAUCAUCCUGACGACAUACAAGCAGUUCCGGAUGACCCGACGUGACGUCAGUCUCGUGGAGGUAGGCGUGCUGACGGAUGCUGACGACAUAUCGACGCUCCUACAAGACACGGCACCCGGGGUGAGAGAUGACCAGCUGAUCCCCGUGUGUCGUAGGUCAUUGUGUCUGCCGGAGUGUGUCGUCACACUGGCCAGGGAAUGUGUGGCCAGGGAAUGUGUGGCCAAGGAAUGUGUGGCCAGGGAAUGUGUGGCCAAGGAAUGUGUGACCAAGGAAUGUGUGGCCAGGGAAUGUGUGGCCAAGGAGUGUGUGGCCAAGGAAUGUGUGGCCAAAGAAAGUGUGGCCAGGGAAUGUGUGGCCAUAAAUUGUCUGACUAACGAAGCCACAAGACUGUCCACAGAGAUGGUGGAGCUAGUCGUUCCAACAGAUUCCAUGUUUCCUGACGUGUUUGUUGCUCGUCUGAUGGAUGUCGAGACCUGGGUCAGCCGAGACGACUUACAGCUCCUCUUGAUGCCGGGCCAGGCCACAUUUCAACCAGAAGCUCUUUUAGAACAUGUCAACUGCAAGCAUCCCGAUGAGAAGGUCAAGGACCUUUUGCACAGAUAUGCCUACGUCAUAGAGCCGAAUCGCUACAGGCUGCAUCCACUGUUGACAUUUUACUGCCACACCUUCCCCAUUCUACAGGCGGGGACAACGUCACAACGCUUUACUUUAGGCAACAGCCUGGCAUUUUUAAAAUGA